UUCGCCGCGCUCACACGUAUCUCGCGCGCGUGUCUGUUCUCGAGGGUUGGCCGAGGUCCACAGGGUUGUGAAACGCAUAUUUCACUGAAUAAAAAAUCCACCUAUCGAGCCCGGAAGAUGUCUGUGCCUUCUCACCCCAAUAAAACGUCAAAUUACACGUGCCUCGGCCCCCGAAAAAUGUGAGAGUCUUGUCUUCCCGAAUUAAUUGCCUCUAAGAGUCAUCGAAAUGCCGAAGAAAAUUGGGUUUAACAUUGUGUACGCAACGAGUGAGGAGGAGCGGCACUCGUCAUUGGAGUUGAAUAUUCACGGACCGACGGUGAGGGGCUGGCAGAGUGCGAGAAAAUGUGGAUAUCCACAGGAGCUCAUUCUCAGGCUCCACAGACCGGCGAAACUAACGAGAAUUCAAGUACUAGCUCAUCAGUACCUCAUUCCCGAGAAAUUGGAGAUCUGGACAACCGAGGAAGACAAUGCUUCCAUCAACACGUCAUUCACCUACCUCGGCUACAUAACUCUAUCCAACAAUGAGUCAACCCUGUACAAAAGCAGAGAAUUGAAGAGUGUCGCGCUCCCGGAGACAGAGGCACUCUCGAUAAAGCUGAGGCUCCACAAGCCGCACCAGAACUCGCACAAUGUUCAGGAGCAAGUGGGUCUGAUAGCUGUGAACAUCAUAGGCGAGCCCUAUGGACACGAGGUCUGUGGACAGGGCGAUGCGCCCUACAAUCCUCAUUACACGUCCCCUUACGAUGAUCUGGCUUUCGAGAUGUACGUCGACAGGGAAGUUGCGAAGAUCAUUAGGCAGAUGGAAGCUAAGAAACUUCAAGCAGCUGAAGAAGAAAGAUUUGAAUAUGCGUCGAAAUUAAAAGUUGCCAUGGAGAUUCUCCGCAAAGCUGGGGAGCGUCUAGGUAAAUACGAGCUUGAGAAGAAAUACGCUAUAGCAUUGGAAGACUAUGACAAAGCGAAAGCCAAGAAGGCCCAGGCGCAGCAGUACAGACAGCAGGUAUACCAAAGCUUAGAAGUAGAAGACCUGCUGGAGUUGAAUGGUCCACUGGAGAAAAACAACAUUUCGACAGUGGAGGGUAAAGAGGCGACAGCAGGUGACGGCUGUGCGUCGUCAGUGUCAGUCCCCGAGGACAUUCUGUCCCCUCCAAGGCUGAUGGUUCCCCCAGGAAGAGAGGGAGCCGUCUCUCCAACGGCCCCAGUCCACCAGCCCCCAGUCUCGCCCCUCCACCAGAAGCCUCAGACUCCUGAGAUCACUGAGAGCCCUCCAAACGGUGUCAUUGAACGCCAGAACAACCGCAACACAGGAUCCCUGAGGAGGAAAACCAAAUCCGCUGGUCCUUCCCUCAGAUCCAGCUACGAGGCUUACGAGGAGCGGACAAUUCCCGCCCUCAGGCACUCCCACACCAAUGAAUUCACGAGGGAGUGCCACAUGGACAGCACUGACACCAAAGUCAACUCGAAGCUCAAUGACAGGGAGAAGAAGCAGGCUGCACUGCCCAUUGCUGUCUUCGGGAUGGAGAUGGUGGAGAAGUUCUACUCGAAACAGUUCACUGACAAGGAGGAGGGGCUCAUGCAGCUGAAGGAGGAACUCAGAAAGUUUAAUGUACAGGUCUCCAAGCACACACCUAAUAAAACAGCCAGGGCUGCUAUUCUGCUGCUGCACAGGGCUCUCAGGGACAAGGUCUUCAGUGUUUACAGUCUCGCUGCUCAAUUGAUUAGGAUUUUCUUCUCGGGAUUCGCUACUGACAGGGUUUCUUCAGCAGAAAUAGCCAGAAGUGUCGAUCGCUUGCUGCCUGAACUCCUGACAAAAUCAGGAGACACGACACCGAGAAUUCACAACAUGGCUGUUCAUACGAUCCUGAGUAUGGCCGAUUGCAAGUGCGUCAGAGAGCUGCAUAUCAUUCCCGUUCAUCUGAGUCGACCUGUGAGCAGCAGCACUCAUCAGAGGUUGGCUCUCAGUCGGUUGGAGAUGGUUGAACAGUUGAUUCUCAAUCAUGGGAUCUCGACUGAUAAGCAGAGACAUUGCGAUUGUUGCAGUGGUCUCACCUGUCGCACAUUAUCUGAACUCGGUUCUUCUGGACUUCAUCAUCCCGCUGAAGCUGUUAGAAAAGUCUCUGAACGUAUUCUGGUGUUGGUUUACAAAGUCAAUCCCAGAUUAGUUCGGAAACAGCUGCCACCUGACGAUGACAUCACGAGGAGGAAUCUGUUGUAUCGUCAAUUAUUCCAUGAGUUUGAUUUAAUUGAUCUCCAGAGGAAAAAAGAAUUGGAGUCUGUGCCAAAGACGACAGCAACCCCAACUCGAUCUAAAUCCAUCGACACGAGUGGCUCGAAUGCGUCAAAAUCACCGAAGAACAGUCCAGGGAUCAGCACAGAGAACUCCACGAGUGUCACAUCACCCUCCGACAGCAGUGGUGAUCACAAGGGUGACAAAUUGUGUAUUUUUUGUUUAUCCAAGGGACAGGCUUACUCGGAGGAGGGCUUGAAUAUCCACUAUUGGAGGAGCUGUCCCAUGUUGACUAGGUGCGAAUCAUGCAAACAAGUUGUUGAAGUUUCUUAUCUGAAUGCACACUUAUUGAGUGAAUGUGAUAGGAGAAAUAAUUACGUUAAAUGCGAUACGUGUAAACUAGCGGUUCUGGAGAAAUGCUUCGAGGAACAUUCCAAAAAUGAUAAAUGCACAAAACCAAUUGAAGGAUAUGAUCGCUGCCCCCUCUGCCACACUCUAGUCAAUCAAAACAAGUGGAGAGAGCACCUGAUGGGGGAGAAUCCAUGCACGAAUAAUCCUCGGAAUAAACCAACAAAAUCAUGUACAAAAUCUCCGUCUAAGACUCAAAAUCUCAGUGGAAAACUGACGUCACCAACUGGAAGAGAUUACUAACAUGAUAAUACCCCCCGAUUUUUAGAUGAUUUUUAUUUAACCAAUUUUUUUCGUCGUGUUUAUUUGAUAGUUUAUGUACUUGUUACCAAGUGUAAUGUUUUUACAUAUUUAUACGAGAUAGUGAAACCCGUCCUUUAGUUAUAGAUAAUCAUGGAGAAUUACAGGAUGUAUCACGUGAAAUUGAAGUGAAAUUCAACGAGAAACUGCGAAUGCAAAGUAGAAUGUAAAUUACAUUUUAUGGUAGUUAGGCAGUAAAUUGAAGGGAUAUUUAAACAUAGACACCGUAUUUUAUCGACAAAAUAACGCGUGGAGUCUCUUAAUUUAUUUCAUAGAUUCUGUGUUUUGCAUUAAAAUAGGGUAAAAAAUUCCGGAAAUAAUUUUUACUACUUUAGUAAUCAAGAAUUCAAGAACUGAAUUGAUCUCAAUGAUGAUUGACAAUGAACAUUAAUUUUUUCCAUCAAUAGGUUUGCAACAAGUCAUUUCGUCAAUAAAAUUCUGUGUCAAUAUUGAAUUAUGCCAAAUUAAAAUGCAGUUAAUAACGCAAUAAAAACUGAAUCUCCUCAUCAGGAGAAUUGAACGAUGGCAAGAAACAAAUUGAUAUACCUCUGUAUCCGACCAUAAAUCGAUUAAACUCAUCUGCACUAUCAUUAAGCUUCAUAGGGUAAUUGAACGAGAGGAAAUAAAUAAAAUGGAAAUUCAACUGUA